AUGAAUGAUGAUCUAUGUUCAAGCUUUGUUGUUUUGAGAUAUUAUAUACCCGAAGAAUUAACCGAUACUGCAAAACGCAAUUUUCAUAAUGAUUCGGAUUUCAAAAAGUACUGCCCCAAUGAAAACUGCAAUACUGAUCUCGAAAAAAUUACGAUUGGAUUUUUAUGGUUACUUGGACAAUAUUUUACUAAAUACCCAAAUAAAGGUCAUAAUGUAAAUGAUAUUAAACCAUUUUUUCUAUAUAUUAUUUUAUGGUUAAGUUACAAAUUAAAUCAAAACCAGGAGCACAAAACUACCCAAAUAAAUGAUUUUUAUACUGAACAUGUAAUAAAUAAUGAUAAGUAUAGUAAUUUUAUAAAUGAUUCCAGUAAAUUUACAAAUCUUAAUGAAUUCAUAGGUGGACAAAAAGAUUUGUUGAAGAUUAAUAUUAAAGAUCUUUCUAAAUUUUAUAAUGCAUCCAAAUUAAUAUGUAGUAUGUAUGGUAAUGUUGCAACAAAUACAAAUGACGCCACCCUGUCAAAUAAUGCUACUAGUUUUGUUAACAAAUAUACAGAGCUAAACAAUAUAUAUAAUAAUGAAGGUGUCCCACAUAGUCAAAUAUUGUCUGCUUUAUCAACUGAUUAUAAUAAUUUAAAAAAUAAAUGUAAAAAUUGUCCAUCCCUUCCAGAGAUAAGUACACCACAAAUUACUAUAAAAGAUCCUAAACAAACUACUGUAAUAAGAUAUGAAAAUAAUUUUGAACAAAUUUCUGCACAAACACCUAGAGUUACAUCAAGUUCGCCGAUAGGAAACAAAUUAUUUACAGUUUUAUCGAUAUUUGGUGCAAUAGCAUUUUUUUUAGGAAUCUUCUAUAAGUAUUCGUUAUUUGGAUUUCGGAAACGAGCUCAAAAACAAUAUUUAAGAGAAAAAAUAAAAAAUAUAAAGAAGAGAAUGAAUCAUUAA